CGGCGGAUCCGAAUAGAGCACAUACGGUGUCAUCCUCCUCCUUCGGCUGCUUUGGCGGGAUUCGGAAAAGGAAGAGAAAUUUUCAGGGGCCGGAAAAGCGCGAAAUGGACGGCCAAACCCCCAAAACGUCGUCGUCCAAGAAACCAAAUGUAGCGAAAAGUUCGAUUGAUGUAUAUGCUGCGCAGUGUGACCAAUGCAAGAAAUGGAGAGUGAUUCAUUCUGAAGAAGAGUACGAGGAAAUCAGGAGCAAAAUCAGUACGGAACCCUUUUAUUGCAACAAAAAAUCUGGUGUGACUUGUGACGAUGCUGCCGAUAUUGAGUACAGUGCUAGCAGGACCUGGGUCAUUGAUAAGCCUGAUCUUCCGAAGACCCCGGAAGGUUUCAGGAGACAUUUGGUGGCUAGAAAAGAUUAUUCCAAACUGGAUACGUAUUAUAUUACACCCAAGGGAAAAAGACUGAGAUCCAGAAAUGAGAUGGCAGCAUUUUUAAAACAAAACCGUAAGUAUGAAGGCUUAUCCGCUUCAGAUUUCGACUUCGCACCCCCAAAGGUAAUGGAAGACACCGUUCCUGAGAUCUUCAGUAAAAGGGGCUCUGAUAGCGUCCGCAAAAAAAUUAAAAUGACAAAGAAUGAGGAUAAGAGCGCUGAUAUCACUGGUGAAGAAGAUUUCGAGUAGCUCAUGUUGAAAGACUGCCGGCGAAAAGCUUGUUGGGAGGUUUUGCUUUGUGUAGAAAUGAUGUCUGAUGUACUACUCCAGCCAUACGCACGCUGGAUUUUUGUUGUACUUAACCGCUAGUUUGUUCGGAUAGAUGUCUUGGGUCUGUUUCUGAUAAGGAUUCGAAAAUUGAUACUCGCAGAGUUGUAUUUGGUUGUGUUUCCAUCUCGUUUUGUUACUUUGGUACUGUUUUAUGUAGGAAAAUCAGUCGAAAUGCUAUUCGGUUUUUAGAAUUUUUCGUGUUUGUUUUUC